AUGAAAAGAAUUAUCGUCAAAGAAGGCUCGAAAACUAGGUACUAUCGUUCAAACAGUGAACAUGGUGUAUAUGAGGAAAGCGGUGAACCUAUGCCGAGUUCUGUCGAGUUGAGUGGACAUGACUCUACUUCUAAUGUGAAUAAAACGAAGGUAAGCUUUAUAAAGACUAUUAAGAGAAGAUUCACUAUACGGACGAGCAAGAAACACCCCAGUAGGUCGAGGUCGAAAACAGAGGAAUGUACAACUCAUCAGUCAAUUCCACAACAACAAGAAGACGAUGCCAGCAGCCAUGGUUUGGGUUAUUGUGAUAGUUUACGUCCGCGCGUCUGUGUUGGCAAUGGUACGAGUAAUUUUGACUGUACGAAAGACGUGGACAAUCACAAGGAAAACACAGAAGACAACGACAAGUGGAACAACAAUGCAGGUGAUUUGGAUUCAACAUGGACUCUACCAGGCACUGAAAAUAAUACACAACACACAGACGACGCCAUUGACGACAUUCCAAAACACAGUUCAUCCAGGGAAACGCAAGACAAUAAUGGAAUAAAUCACACCGAAGACCAGUCAUUAGCAAUAACGCAACCACUUAGUGGUACGGAUCUCGAUACCUGUGGUACAUUCGACGACCAUUCACCAACAUUACAUGAACAACUGUAUGUUCUUUCAAAAAAACAUUGGUACUGGGGACCAUUGACUUCUAUUGAGGCCGAUGAUAUACUAAACGACAGACCUGAUGGAUCAUUUCUUGUCCGUGAUAGUUAUCAUGGAUGCUACUUGAUAAGUCUUAGCUUCCGUUCUUAUGGCAUGACAUACCACAUUAGAUUUCAAUAUUACAAUGGUAUGUUCAGUUUGAGAUGUGGAUACUACAACCAAUCAAUUGUAGAUUUAAUAGAGACAUACAUGCAAGACUGCAGAGAUGGGGAUUUCUUUUAUACCAGUGGAUAUAUUGCAGUUAAUCUGACUAAUCCCGUGUCUCACUUCACGGAUGUUCCGUCACUUCAAUAUCUAUGCAGAUUUGUUAUCCGCGAAUUUAGUCGUUUGGAUCACAUCCAGCAAUUGCCACUCCCACGAAGGAUUAAAGAAUACCUGGCAGAAAACCGCAUCUGA